AUGUUUAAGAUCAGGGACCAAAAGUUCAACGCGACCCUCUCCCACCGAGUCCGACCCGACUCCGAGUCAGGGCGCGGAUCGGUGCUCGCCGGUGGCGGUGCUAUCGCCCGAGGUCAAAGACGGACCGACGCGCCCGUGCCGCUCCGUUCCGUUCCACCGACGCGCUCUGGGCUCUCGAAAAUUUGUUUUUCGAGGGUAUGUGGUGAUCUGCAUAACGAGUGCCUGUUGGAGGUAAGCAACCGCCUCCUCGACGAGGGCGCCGGCGGCUCCCCGCUUAUGUUAUCGAUCGAGAACAUGCUUAACUAUCAGGAACCGGUGUGGCGUAGGCGCAGCGCAGCGGACGAGGGAUCGCCGAGCAAGAGUGGUUUUGAUCUUGCCGACAUCGCAAUGCAGACCUGUAAACCGGUGGCUGGCAUCCUUCUCAUGGAACUCACGCUACAGCAGGCCGCUCGCUUGCCCAUUCAAAGACGAGACGGACCGACGCCUCCCAUGGACCGACGCCAUGGCGGCAUAAACCCCACCAUUCCAGCCUCAACGGGUUUCUCAGCUUCUCUUCCUCAGGGUAUCAUACGUCAUGAUUGCUACUGGGCCGAGUCUCACGAGAACAUUCAGGGUCAUAUGAAGAUCAACGUUAAGGUUGAGUUGUUCUGGGAGCCGAGCUUCGUGCACGACCUUCAUCGCGAAGUUGACGAAUAUGCUCGAUCCCAGCCACAUACCAUGAUGAAUGCCCAGCUCGAGGAAGCCCAGGCGACAAUGCCUUGUCCGGUCAAUGGUCACCGGUCACCGGUCAGACCGAAAGACAAUGGACAUUUACACUUCGCGUUCAGGCCUGUUGAACAGCGGACUAUCGCCCUCGAGCAGGUGAAAGCUCAUCCGAUAGCUAGGCACUCGUCCACCCGCUCGCUUUCGCCGCUACGGCCGAACCUCUUCGACUUUCAGGUCCACGAGACGCCCCAGACGCACCGGGCACCCUCCGAAGACCGUACAUCGCCGUAUUACAAAGCCACCCAUGCCUCGCAGGCCACAUGA